AUGGCAGCUACAAUAUCUACCAUGGCUAUGCUCAAUGCCAAGUGCUUAGGCACCAUCACCAAGUGUUUAAAGCCCACCACAAAACCAAUUUCUCUUCUCUCCAUGCAGAACCUCCCGAAAGGCCUUGCCGCCUCAAUAUCAUCGGAAAACUCUGGUCUGUUGGCCAGAACCGCCCUUGCAAGUGCCAUUUUCUCAACAUUGAGCUCAUGUGAUCCUGCCCUUGCAGCACAACAGAUUGCUGAAAUAGCUGAGGGCGAUAACCGAGGACUUGCCCUUCUGAUUCCCAUCAUUCCGGCAAUAGCUUGGGUUCUCUACAACAUCCUGCAACCAGCACUUAACCAGAUCAACAAAAUGAGAAACACCAAAGGAGUUAUCGUAGGACUUGGCCUAGGUGAGUUGGCCUCAUGGAGUUUGAUGCAGCCAUCAGAUGCAUCAGCUAGUGAAAUUGCUAUGAUUGCUGAUGCUGCAAGUGACAACAGGGGACAGCUUUUGCUGUUUGUCAUUACUCCUGCCAUUCUUUGGGUGCUGUACAAUAUUUUGCAACCAGCUUUGAAUCAGAUCAACAAGAUGAGAUCACAGUGA